UCAUUUGUUUUUUAUAUCAUGAAAAGAAGUGCUGAUUUGUAUUAGAAAUAUUUAGAACGAAAAGAAAGAACAAUAAAACUAGAACAAGUAGAAGAAGAAAAUAUUCAUAGAACGAGUAAGUGCAUUUCUCGUGAGUUCAUUUACUCUGUUUGUUUUGGGUUUAAAUCAGCUGCGACGCGGUCCACACAUACACAUACACACUCUCUCUCUUUAGAAUGGCUUCUGACGGAGCUACGUCGGCGGCGAGCAGUAGGAGGAAACCGUCGUGGAGGGAGAGAGAGAACAACAGGAGGAGAGAGAGACGGAGGAGAGCUAUAGCUGCGAAGAUAUACGCGGGAUUGAGGUCUCAGGGAAAUUACAAUUUACCCAAACACUGUGAUAAUAAUGAAGUUUUGAAGGCUCUUUGUGUUGAAGCUGGUUGGACUGUUGAAGAAGAUGGCACUACCUAUCGCAAGGGAUCAAGGGCAAUAACACCAGGAGAUGGUUCAGGAACUUGUACAAGAAACAAUCCAUUUUCAUCUCAAAAUCCAAGUCCUCUUUCAUCAUCAUUUCCGAGUCCAAUCCAUUCAUACCAAGUUAGCCCCUCUUCCUCUUCAUUUCCGAGCCCGUCUCGAAUAGACACAAACAACAACACAUCGAAUCUCAUUCCAUUCGUUCGAAAUGUGUUUCCAAUGUCUCUCCCACCUUUAAGAAUAUCAAACAGCGCACCCGUGACACCGCCUAUCUCAUCACCAACCUCAAGAAAUCCUAAACCCAUGAUUCCAACAUGGGAUUCAAUUGCUAAAGCUUCAGUUGCAUCCUUCAAUCACCCUUUCUUUGCAGCUUCUGCACCCACUAGUCCAUCACAUCGUCACCUUUAUACACCACCUACCAUACCUGAAUGUGAUGAGUCUGAUACUUCAACUGUUGAGUCUGGCCAGUGGUUGAAUUUUCAACAAGCCUUCGCUAAUUCUGCUAAAUCAGUUUCACCCACAUUGAACUUUAUGAAACCUGUAAUUAUAGAGCAGCAGAACAAUCUGCUUCCUGAUAACAGAAUUAGAGAGUUGAGGAUUUCAGAGCCAGAGUUUGGGGUGCAGGUGGUGAAGCCUUGGGUUGGGGAAAGGAUUCAUGAAGUGGGAUUGGAUGAUUUGGAGCUUACUCUUGGAAAUGGUAAGGCACCUAGUUAAUGAAGAUCAUCAUGACCCUCAAGAUCAAAAUUGUUUAUUUUAGAUACAGUUAUGUUUGGGGUGUUUGGGUUGUAUUGUAUCAGAUGCAGUGAACAUUAUUAUUUAUAUUCAACAACUAUAUCAAGAAGAACCGGAAUUGUCAUUUAUUCUCUCUUUUUAGCAUAUAUAAAUAUCUUUCUCUCUA